AUGGAACCAUCCCAGGAGAAGACUAACAGCAAGAAACGGCUGCAACCAACAACCAUUCCGACCCAGCCGACCAGCUCAUCUCCGAAACGGACGCGGGUCAGCUCACCAUCAGAUCAGAUGCAGUCCGAAGACCGCGCCAAGAUCCCAAGCCAACAGCCAGUGCUAGUAGCGGACGAAUUCCAGACAGAAGCUGCCCGACAGAUCGAUGCCAGCAGCGGACUCCUGCCCGAGCAGUCGGGCUCAGGAGAAGAGAAGCCCCAACAACUCACCCUCUCCCACCAAGUUCGUCACCAAGUAGCCCUCCCACCCAAUUACAACUACAUCCCUAUCUCAGCCCAUCGCCCCCCAAGUAAACCAGCUAGGACAUAUCCCUUCACACUCGACCCUUUCCAGCAAGUCUCGAUCACUUCAAUCCAACGUAACGAGAGCGUACUCGUCUCAGCCCAUACUAGCGCUGGGAAGACCGUUGUUGCCGAGUAUGCUAUCGCUCAAUGUCUCGAAAACAAACAGAGAGUCAUCUACACUUCUCCUAUCAAGGCUCUUAGUAAUCAAAAGUAUCGAGAAUUGAUGGCCGAGUUUGGGGACGUGGGGUUGAUGACCGGGGACGUGACAAUCAACCCAAGUGCAUCAUGUCUAGUCAUGACAACAGAGAUUUUACGGUCGAUGUUGUAUCGUGGCUCAGAAGUAAUGAGAGAAGUGGCUUGGGUCAUCUUUGACGAAAUUCAUUAUAUGCGCGAUAAGGAAAGAGGAGUCGUUUGGGAGGAGACCAUCAUUCUAUUGCCCCACUCGGUUCGAUAUGUAUUUCUAUCGGCAACAAUACCUAACGCGAUGCAGUUUGCCGAAUGGAUUUGCCAUACCCACGAUCAACCUUGUCAUGUCGUUUACACCAAUUUCCGACCAACCCCACUACAGCACUAUUUAUUCCCAUCUGGCGGCGACGGAAUCCAUCUGGUCGUCGACGAGAAGGGCGUAUUUCGAGAGGAUAACUUCUUAAAAGCGAUGGGAUCCUUGAAUGAUUCUAGAGGCGAAGAUCCUGCGAGCUCGAUGUCCGGUCGAAACAAGCAGGGCAAGACUAAGAAAGGCGGUAACUCGACCAAAGGCCCCUCCGAUAUUUACAAGAUCAUCAAGAUGAUCAUGGUCAAGAACUACAAUCCGGUCAUCGUCUUCGCAUUUUCGAAGAGAGAGUGUGAGGCACUAGCGAUCCAGAUGUCCAAGUUAGAAUUCAACUCCGAAGAAGAGAAGGAAACCGUCGACACGGUUUUCAAGAACGCGAUCUCCAACUUGUCCGAAGACGAUCAAGGCUUGCCACAGAUCGAGCACAUCUUACCACUUUUGAAACGGGGGAUUGGAAUCCAUCACGGUGGUCUACUGCCGAUCCUCAAGGAGGUCAUCGAGAUCUUGUUCCAAGAAGGGCUGAUUAAAGUCUUAUUUGCCACGGAAACCUUCUCGAUCGGCUUAAACAUGCCCGCCAAGACCGUUGUCUUCACUACCGUCCGUAAGUUUGAUGGGAAAGACUUCAGGAGUUUGAGCUCGGGUGAAUACAUCCAAAUGUCUGGCCGAGCUGGUCGUCGAGGAUUGGAUGAUCGAGGGAUCGUGAUCAUGAUGUGUGAUGAACAACUCGAGCCGGCGACCGCCAAAAAUAUGGUCAAGGGUGACGCGGAUCGUUUGGAUUCUGCUUUCCAUCUGGGCUAUAACAUGAUUCUGAACCUGAUGAGAGUUGAGGGAGUCAGUCCUGAAUACAUGCUGGAAAAAUGUUUCUUUCAAUUUCAGACGCAUGCCAAUUUGCCUUUACUAGAAAACGAGCUUCGGGAGAUGCAAAAAAUGCGGUCGAAGAUAGUCAUACCAGAUGAAGAAUUGAUAGCGGAUUACGCCAAGCUUCAAGAAGAACUAGAGAUCCGCAAUGAAGAUUUUAGGGAUGUGAUCAACCAUCCGACGCAUGCGCUCCCAUUCCUGCAACCAGGAAGAUUAGUCAAGGUGAAAUUCGGAACGAUGGAUUUCGGAUGGGGUUGUGUAGUGAAUUUUCAACGAAGACUAGGGGAUCGAGGGAAAUCACUUGGGCCUGAGAUCAAACCACAAGAAAGCUUUAUUGUCGACGUCCUAUUGAAAAUCUCAGCGGGCAAGUCGAAUUCAAAGCAGCCCUCCUCCAAGAUGGUUGGUGGUAACCAAACCAGUCUCAUCAAACCAUGUGAACCAGGCGAAGAGGGUGAAUGCGCCGUCGUUCCGGUCCUCUUAUCCACCCUGGAUGGAAUCUCGAAAAUCCGAAUCUUUCUGGCUCAAGACCUUAAACCACUGGAUGCCAGGCAAGGCGCACUGGACGCAGUGACGGAGGUCAAGCGACGAUUUCCUAAUGGGAUCGGAUUACUCGACCCGGUCGAAAACAUGGGCAUCGUUGAUGAAACGUUCAAGAAACUGAUCAAACGGAUCGAAACCUUGAAGGAGUCGAUCAAGGACCACAAAGCGAUCACCAAAGAAGAUUUCCAGGACCAGUAUAAACUAUAUCAAGAAAAGCACCAUGUCAAUCAACUCGUCCAACAAAUCAAACAAAAGAUCUCGAGUGCGGAGAAUGUGAUUUACAUCGAAGACUUGAAGAAACGGAAGACGGUGCUGAGGAGCUUAGGAUUUUGUAACGUUGAUGAUAUUGUGCAAGUCAAGGGAAGGGUCGCCUGUGAAAUUUCUUCCGGAGAUGAGCUGCUGUUGACCGAGUUGAUCUUUAAUGGCGCAUUUAAUGAUCUAUCUCCCGAACAAUGUGCGGCUCUCCUAAGUUGUUUCGUAUUUACUGAAAAGAGUGAACAAACAACAAGGCUGAAGAACGAGCUUGAGGAUCCGAUGAAGAAGAUGAAAGAGGCGGCCAAGAAAAUUGCUGAGGAGAUGAAGUCUUCCGGGAUCGACAUCAAAGAAGAAGAAUAUAUCGAUUCGUUCAAGACCGAGUUGAUGGAUGUCGUUUUUCAUUGGUGCAAGGGAUCUACAUUUUCAGAAAUCUGUAAAAUGACCGAUAUAUUCGAAGGAUCCCUGAUCAGGUGUUUCCGGAGAUUGCAGGAACUUAUCCGGCAGAUGUCGUGUGCGGCGAAGUCAAUCGGCAACGCCGAGUUGGAGACCAAGUUCACACAGUCGUUGGAUUGCUUGGAACGGCCCUCUAGCGUCGUUUACAAUCCCUCUUUAUACCUCUGA